CCUGCGCCUGCGAAACGUACUGGUAGAAAGAAAGCACGUCUUUCUUCUCCGGAACCAAGCAGUGAACGCGUUCCUUUUGAGCCUCUUCUAAAAGGCCAAGAAUCGCCAGAAACAACUCAAGAUAGAUAUGACGAUUAUAUUAAAGCUAUCCAAUGUUUAGAGAAGAAGAUUGAGAAUUUUUUAUUGUCAGUUAAUGAAUCAACAAUCUCUGAUCUUUGCGACUUUGUAAAAAAUGCAUAUAGCAAAGGAGAAUAUAGUAAACUGUUUGCGAUUAUAACAGGCAUUGAUAAAGAGGAAAACACGAUGUUCUUUAAAAGUGUCUCUCAAGAAUUGCAGCAAAAUAAUCAGAAUCACAUUGUAUUUCUUAAUUCAAUCGAUUGUACUAAUUUGAAACGAACGGAGAAACAAGUAGUUAGGCAAUUUUUUGGUAGAGAAAUAAUUGAAGAAGAAAAUGACAAUGACGAUCGCCAAGAAGACUCUCAAGAAGAUUAUGAGGCUUCUGAUUAUUCUAUCGAUCUAAUUGAGAAUAUUGUUGAUAUGAACACUUUGGCUCAAUGGUACGAGUAUAAUUAUCAAGUUGAAGACGGGAUAACUACUUGUAUUCGUGGCAUCGACCCACUUCAUGAAAAUUACUCAUAUUCGGUGGUGCGCUUGUUAAAACCCAAAGCAUUUUAUUUACAGACGCAAAAAGUCCGCUGCGAUUAUCUUGUAUCACAGUGUUUAAUAGAAAAUACUCAAUGUAUAAAAGUCGGCGAGAAAGCAUACGAAUUUUUGCUUGAUAUGUUUAUUGGAAGAAAGUUUUCAUUAUCAUUAUUCGUAUCAAGCUUUAAGUAUGCAUUGAUGCACUAUUUUUACACAAAUCCUUUGAGUAUUUUAGCAACUAUUGAACCAGGGGCUAUUUAUUCGAGAAUUGAUUUGCUAAGUGAGAGCCAUAUAGAAAUGAUACGAAUGCAAAUUUCAUUCAGAGAGUAUGUAGAGUCCAAACUUCAUAAGCCAGCAGAGGCGCGUCAGCUAUUGUGCGAUGAUUAUUAUGUAAAAUCCCUUCUACCCACUUUCAGUCAAAAUAUAGCAACAUAUCAUCGAAGAUUUGCUAUUGCUUUGGAAUUUAUAAUUUUCCUCCAAAAUUUUUUGUAUGAUGUAAAAAAGUUAAAAUCAAAAUAUGAGUUAUAUUCUAUAGCAUUAAAAAAGCCAGGCCUUGGUGAAGAUGAGUACAUCCAAAUUUUGUUGGAAGAUUUGUUAAAGAUAAAUCCAAAAAAAAUUGAAGAAAUACUUCAAAACUUUGUUUCUUUACUUGAAACUGUACUUGACCAUGUGGAAACUAUCAAACAGGAUUAUGAAGAUUUUUACGAAUUUUUGGCUCGAUCAAAGGAGAUUGAGACUAAUUUAACAAGACCUUCCGCAUCGACUCGCUCUGCAGCAACGAAAAUGAAAAACAAAGAGUCUAUCAUUUUACAAAAGAUCGAUGACGAUUAUAAACAAUUGGUUAUGGAUGUUGUAAAUUAUUUGGCAAUAUUUUUUGAAGAAAACUUACGACAUUAUUCUACGAACACUUUGUUUGAAAUCUUCUACUACCAAGAAGAUAUAUCUAUUCUAAAAUGCGCAUUUAUUCCAAAACCACGGUCAGCAAUUCAUGCUGCUCUUGGACUUUCUACCGAAUAUAUAAAUUGUAAUUGUUGUAUUCUUUCAACUCAUAAUGAUACUUCUAUAUUAUACAAAUUACAUUUACAAUGUGGAAAAUUGAUUAACGUUCGAGAUUGGCUAGAUUCUUUUGAAAGUGUAAUAUCUAAAGAAAAUUUAGAAAAUAGAAAACUUAAUGAAAAGGAAGUUGUGGCAAGAUUUAUAAAAGGAUUUGAAGAGCUUAAAUUAAUUGGUAUUAUCGGGUCUACGAACAGAAAGAUUGAUCAUUUCAAGAGAUUAUCAUGGGGUAGAUUGUAA